UCCUGUACUCAGUGGGGGAUGCAGAACAGCUGAACAAGGCCACAAUUUGCCGCACAAUAAGGAGUGUGUGUCUGGCUAUCAAAGCAUUAGCAGAUGUCUUCAUCUCCUUCCCUGGCCACAGAAGACUCUGUGACAUCAAAGAGGAGUUCUAUAGGAUUGCAGAUGGUCUGCAAUGCUGACUGUGUGAUCAGCAAUGUUGUGGCAAAAUGGCCUGGCUCAGUCCAUGACUCCAGAAUCUUUCGGGCCUCUGAAAUCUAUCAGUGCCUAUCACAAGGUGAAUUCUCUGGUGUGUUGCUGAGAGACAGGGGGUAUGGCUGCCAGCCUUUUCUCCUGACACCUUUCACAGACCCCCAGGAAGCACAGCAGGCCUACAACCAUGCCCAUGCCAGGACCAGGGCCAGAGUUGAAAUGACCUUUGGCCUCCUGAAGGCACGCUUUCACUGCCUUCACAAAUUAAGGGUCAGCCCUGUUAGGGCAUGUGAUAUUACUGUGGCUUGUGCUGUCCUCCACAAUGUGGCCUGCCUGAGGAAGGAGAGGGCCCCCAGAGUGCCACCAGCCAUGGACUGGGACAAUCCGGCAAUCUUCCCUGAUGAUGACAGUGGUCGGCUGCUGAGGACCAAUAUGUGUUGAAUUAUUUUAGUUAGUAUGUGUGCUUUCAAUUUUGGUUAAAUAUGUCCUGCGGUGGCAGAGGAAUUUGGGUUUUUUUGGGUUCGUUUUUUUACGAAUUUGGCCUCUUAUGAUGUUUGUGCGGUAUACUGUGUGUAAUACAAGGCUGCAGGGAGGCUACUGCAUCCAUUCAUUUGUCUGUUCAGUUGAUGUGUAUGGAUUUGUCCUGCAUUUAUUUUAGUGUGCAGACAUGCAGGGUGUGUUAUAUACAGACCUUUGAAUGUGUAUGUAUCAUUUUGUAUAAUAUGCUUGGAUUCUGUGCUUUCCAUCUUGUAGAGUCACUGUGACUUCAGUUUCGAAAGGAGCUGAUGGUUUACCUGCUUUGUUUUGUCCUUAUUCAAUAAAGGAACAUAAUGUUACACAUUGUGUUUUUAUAUUCA